AUGGUGAUGGCUGUGGAAGACAGCGUGGUUCGGGUGGUCGUGCGGGUGAGGCCUCCCACCCCUAAGGAGCUAGAGAGUCAGCGGCGGCCUGUGAUUCAGGUGGUAGAUGAGCGGGUAUUGGUGUUUGACCCCGAGGAGUGUGACGGGGGAUUUCCUGGCCUAAAAUGGAGUGGCUCCCACAAUGGCCCCAAGAAGAAGGGCAAAGAUCUGACAUUUGUCUUUGACCGGGUCUUUGGUGAAGUGGCCACUCAACAAGAUGUGUUCCAGCACACAACACACAGCAUCCUUGACAGCUUUCUCCAGGGCUACAACUGCUCAGUGUUUGCCUAUGGGGCCACUGGGGCCGGGAAGACACACACCAUGCUGGGAAGGGAGGGAGACCCUGGCAUCAUGUACCUGACCACCAUGGAGCUCUAUAGGCGUCUCGAAGCCCGCCAGGAAGAAAAACAGUUCGAGGUGCUCAUCAGUUACCUGGAAGUGUAUAACGAGCAGAUCCAUGACCUCCUGGAGCCCAAAGGACCCCUCACCAUUCGUGAGGACCCUGAUAAGGGAGUGGUGGUGCCAGGACUCUCUUUCCACCAGCCAGACUCAGCUGCACAGUUACUGGAGAUGCUGACCAGAGGCAACUGUAGCCGCACACAGCAUCCCACGGAUGCCAACGCCACGUCUUCCCGCUCUCAUGCCAUCUUCCAGAUCUUUGUGAAACAGCGGGACCGGGUUCCAGGGCUGACCCAGGCCAUUCAAGUAGCCAAGAUGAGCCUGAUUGACCUGGCUGGCUCAGAGCGGGCAUCUAGCACCCAUGCCAAAGGAGAGCGGCUACGGGAGGGUGCCAACAUCAACCGCUCUCUGUUGGCACUCAUCAAUGUACUCAACGCCCUGGCCGAUGCAAAGGGUCGCAAGUCGCAUGUGCCCUACCGAGACAGCAAACUGACACGCUUGCUCAAGGAUUCCAUUGGGGGCAACUGCCGCACUGUGAUGAUUGCUGCGGUCAGCCCUUCCAGCCUGACCUAUGAGGAUACCUACAACACCCUCAAAUAUGCUGACCGUGCCAAGGAAAUCAAACUCACGCUGAAGAGCAACGUGAUCAGCCUGGACCAUCACAUCAGCCAGUAUGCUACCAUCUGCCAGCAGCUCCAGGCUGAGGUGGCGGCCCUGAGGGAAAAGCUCCAGGUGUAUGAGGCAGGAGCCCAGGCCCUGCAGCAGAACUCCCCACAGCAUCCCAAGUUGAGCAUACCACAACACCUUCCCAGCUCCCCAUUACAGCCUGGGCGCUCCAGCCAGUCCUACACCCCAGAACUCCAUGCACAGUGUGGAACCCUUCAAGAGGGGAGCCUGGAGGCAGAGGCUCCGGACCAGAAGGUUUUGGAGGACAAUACUUCCGAGCAGGAGCGGUCCCCACAGGACAAGCAGUUUCCAGACCAGAUGCCAGAGCCGAACCUGCCAGGGUCCCCUAGUCUGACUUUGCAGCCGAAGCCCGUCAUGAGUCAACACUCACCACGGAAACUGGACGGGAACCACUUUAAGCAGUUGGCCCUCCGGGUGCUAUGCCUGGCACAGCGACAAUACUCCCUGCUGCAGGCAGCCAACCUCCUGACACCUGACAUGAUCUCAGAAUUCGAGACCCUACAGCAGUUGGUUCACCAGGAAAACACCGAACUUGGGACUCAGAGCCCCAGGACUUCUGGUCAGGCGAGGGGGAGCCCUCUGGCUCAGGAGUUGUAUUUGGAGUCCAAGUCUUCAGGAUACUGUGGUCCUGUGACCCGGACCAUGGCAAAGCAACUGAAUGGCCUCACACACACUCUGGGAAUCCCGCUUGGACCUGACCGCACCUCAGAUAAGACAUUCCAAAAGCCUGCCGAGGAGAAGAAGAAGAAAAGGAAACUAAAUCCUAGAGAGCCAGGCAGUCCUCCAGACCCUAACCAGGAGACUAAGCGCCAGCGCCAGUCCUUCCUUCCCUGCCUGAGGAGAGGCUCUCUACCUAAGGCCCAGCCUUCCUCUGAACCCAGAACUCCCAAAGGAGAAAGGGCCUCCUCCCCCUCCUCUCGAGUCUGCCCAUCUACAGUCAUUAAAAACCGGGCGCCCCUGGGCCCUUCUGCCUUACAGAACUGCUCCACUCCUCUUACCCUACCCACUCGUGACCUCAACACCACCUUCAAUGUCUAUGAGGAGUCCCCCCUCAAACCCAGCUCCCAUGAAUGUGUUGGCUGGGAGGAAGUCCCCCAGCAGCUGAACAGGACAGAUCAGCCCUUCAUCCCCAGUGCACCUGUGUUCCUGUUCACCAUGAAGGGCCCCAAGUCUUCUCUACCUACGACCACUGCCGGCAAGAAGAGGCAGACUGUGAGGACUUCAGUUUCCCGAGGCCGCAGCUGCAUUGCCCGCCUCCCCAGUAGCACUUUGAAGAAGGCAGACAGAACCUUCACAGUCCCAGAACCACCCUUGAGUCCCCAGUGCCUUGGCGACCAGAGAACUCACAAGGGACUGAGUGGGGUGACAGAGUGCUGUUAACUGACCGUGAGGCCUCCAAGUUCGUCCCGAUCCGCCAACACCUCUAGGCUGACAGCCUUCUCUGGAGCUGCCAAUACCAUGAGCCCCUGACCUGCCCUCCUGACCUUGGAACAAUUAACACAUGCCUUUUCGGUAUUAACACCCCUCCCCAACCAUCCAUCUGCCGUUUGCCUUCUCUAUUAAUCUCUGUUACACUCAACUUCUUGUAUCGUUUGUGAGUAUUAAACGUGUGGCUAUGUUACAGGAUCCUGCCAGCUUUCUAAUUCACAGAGCUUCCAUACGAGCAGGGAGCUCUUGCACUCUGUUCUCUACCCCUAAUGCUCGUAUCUGACAACAGGCUCUGCAUAGUGGUGGCCUCUACACAGCAAAGACGGAUGAGGACCAAGGGGGGAUUUGCUGACAAGUCUGGCAUCUUCAACCCCU